GGCCCCGCCCGUUAAUCUCGGCAUGGCGGCGGCGGCGGCGUCUGGCGGUGGCGGCCGGAGCUGCUUCGUGCUGGGCGCCUCGGGGGAGACGGGCCGAGUGCUGCUGCGGGAGCUGCUGGCCCGGCGGCUCUUCUCCCGGGUGACCCUGAUCGGGCGGCGCCGGCUGACCCUGGGCGAGGAGGCGGAGACGGCCGUGGAGCAGGCGGUGGUGGAUUUCGAGCGGCUGGGCGAGCACGCCGCCGCCUUCCAGGGACACGACGUGGGCUUCUGCUGCUUGGGCACCACCAGGGCCAAGGCUGGCGCAGACGGCUUUGUCCGUGUGGACCGGGACUACGUGGCGCAGGCAGCGGAGCUGGCGCGGGCGGGGGGCUGCAAACACUUUGUCCUGCAGUCCUCCCAGGGGGCAAACGCCCAGAGCCGCUUCCUCUACCUCCGCGUGAAGGGAGAAGUGGAGAACCUGGUCCAGGCUGUUGGUUUUGAUCACUGUACCAUUCUCCGGCCAGCGGUGCUGCUGUGCAAGCGCCAGGAGUCCCGGCCCCUGGAGUGGAUAUCCCAGCAGUUCUUGGGUGUUGUGGCUCGGGUCUGCCCCACGGCUUACUCGGUGCCUGUGGAGACGGUGGCCAGGGCUAUGGUGGCCUGUGUGCUGCAGCCAGGCGAGGGGAAGGUGAAGGUGCUGGAGAACGGGGCCAUCCAUGCGCUGGGAAAGGCAGUGCCACAGCAGGGCACAUAGAGCAGAAGGGAUGGCAUGCAGGAGCUUGGUUCACCAUCCGAAUGCUCUUUGGGCUGRGGGUGAGCGCACGUGUGGGAGCGGUGUGGGGUGCUUGCAUGGCCAGCAUGGAGUCAGAGGUACCUCCACUGCUUUUUUGCACAGUGGAUUCUGUCAAGGGAUCAGAAAUGGAGGUGGUGGCUGCUGGGUGAGCACAAACCACGUGCUCUGCUGCCUGGAUCUAUAACACAAAUACGGGUAAAGAUGGUGUAAUCCAGGCCAUGAAUAAAACCUUAUGACUGAUCUGUUUGUGCCAGCUUGAUGUUG